AUGGCAACCAAUCUUUUAAAGAAUGACGAGUGGUGGAAUGGUCCAGACUGGGUAAGGAACUACAACCCGAGACAGGCAGAAUUGAGUAAACCCAGAAACGAAGUUCUACUAGAAGCAAAGGCAUCCAAGAUUCGUGAAGUACAAAGUACACGCGUUCACGUGAGUGCGAUAGACGAAGCGGUUGGGAACAUUUCUAAAGUCAUUACAUGCGAAGAUUAUAGUAGUGUCAGUCGGCUGUAUUCCGUCACAGCCUAUGUUCUAAGAUUUAUUGAGAAUCUAAAACGAAAACGACAAGGAACGUCAUUAGUUAAGGAGUGUUUAACGGCCGAAGAAUUAGGACGGGCCGAAUAUUACUGGUUGUUAUUCAUACAGAGAGACGUACGUUCAGACAACAACUAUGUCGAGAAGAAGAAUCGUUUGGGACUGUUCGACGACACUAAAGGAAUCAUUCGUUGCAAGGGACGACUAGCUAACGCAGAAAUAUCAUACGAAGAGAAAUACCCUGCAAUCAUUCCAAGAAAGCAUCACUUUACAACAAUAACCAUACGAGAUUGUCACAGCCGGGUCGGACACAACGGAGUGCGUGAAACCUUAGCCGAAUUCCGUUACGUUUUUGGAUCGAAAGGGGGCGACAGGUAG